CGUCAUCAGCAGGCCGCCCGAGCCCGGCAGCCAUGAUGGAGCCAGGGCCGAUCAGUGUAAUAAUCACAGCCUCCAUCUCCAACACCCCCCCCCGUGUGAUACACCGAGUACCGCGCUGGGUGUCCUGUCCGCCAUGGCGGGGGACACACAGUGUGCGAUGAAUGAAGGUCACUGUAUAGACCCGGGCAGGGCUCGCAUUGUGUGACAGCCGUGACCGUGACCAGCGCGGCCAUUGCCACCAUGCACCCAGCCCGCUCCCGGCAAUCUCACGGCCACACCCCUGACACCCUGAGAAUUCUGGGCUGCUGACGUCACGGCGGCCCCGCCCCCCGGCUGGUAUAUAAGGCAGGGCGGCACGUCGCUCGCCCUCUUCCUCACCGGGUCUGCAACCGAUUUCCAAGGUAAGCAUGAUAUCGCGAAGGGCAUGCCGGGAAGGCCUCGCACACCCCGGCUAUACCGGAGAUGGGACCCGCACCCGGGUUGUCCGGAUUGCUCAUGGCUCCUUAUCCUGCAUCUCUGGACAAUGGAUUCUAGAGUGCGGCCAGCCUGCCGGCCGGGGAGCGCCAUCCGGCCCGGGAGCGGGGAGGCUGCGGCCUACUGUCAAUCCGCUCUGUAUCUGACCCAUCGUAAACCAUCCGCUCACCCCGACAGCCUAGCCGGCUUCAGGAGGAGCGGGGCCAGCUGCGAGUGGGAGAUAUGGGAUUUCAUGCCGGCAAUGGAGCCGAUGUGGCUGUGUGAGUGCUGGUAGCAUUAUUAAUCUGUAUAGAUCACAGUGUGUUCUCAGUGAAUGUGGAGUACUGGGCGAGGGUAUGCUUCGUGUGAAAACUAAGCUGAUACAGUGAGCUCACAUUCGGUAGUGGAAUGUAAUCUAAUCCCUUGUCAUAGCAUUGAUUCUAUUUCAGUUUGUCAGUUGGUUUGGUGUAGGAAAAAAACCCAAAAUUGUUGGAUUUUCCUGCUGGUAUCUCACUUGUAGAACUGUCCAGUAAUGCGCUUGAGAAUAAUUAUGUUUAAGCUUCAAUAUGCGAGUUGUUUUCUAGCCUUUACUUGCUACAGUAUUUAUAUUCUUACAUUUUAUUUUCGCAUUCUGGUUGUCCACACCCUUUUCUGGAAUAUGUUUUCCUAUAGAUUGUACUAUAUGGAGGAGCUUUGGUUGCAAGUAGCACGGUUUUUGAAUGUGAGCAUUAAUGGCUAGCUGGCUCAAGGUUUUUUUUUGUUUUGUUUUUUUAAAUUUAAAUGUCCAGCGCUUUUUACACUAUAAAGAUGGCCGCUGCUUUCCUUGUAUCUGAUCAGGUUUUCCUCAUCCACAAGAUGGAGGCUGAUGAGUCACAACUGAAAAGACAAAAGAGUUAGAAGCAUUGCAUGCAAAGCCAGCAACAUGCACCAGGGGGAGUGAGGCUGCUGGUCGCCAUUUCUCCCUGCACUUGGCUAACUGUUACUUUUGCUUGAAUUGGGUUGUCCCUAUUUAGCAUGUUUUGUGACUUCCAUUUUAUUUACCUAAAUCUUGUGCAACUUCGUUGAAAUCAUUCUUACUAGGAUCAUUAAAAGCUUGGACCUGUUGCGGAUGUACAUCAAAGGCUCAAUUUUUAUAUUUCCUUUUUUUUUUUAUGUAGGUGUCCCAUCGUUAAACAUCUACUAAUCCACAAUGGGAAAGGAAAAGACUCAUAUCAACAUCGUUGUCAUUGGACACGUAGAUUCUGGAAAAUCCACAACAACUGGACAUCUUAUCUACAAAUGUGGUGGUAUCGAUAAGAGAACCAUCGAGAAAUUUGAGAAGGAAGCUGCUGAGGUAAGUUUUCUUUUUAGACCUUUGCAUAACUUCACCAAAAAAAUUUGGUCACCUUUGCAAUAUGUUUAAACCCCUUAAGGACUAAACUUCGGGAAUAAAAGGAAAUCAUGUCAUGUGUCUUUAAGGGGUUAGUCUUUUUUUUUUUUUUGCCUGUUGAGUUUGUAGUGACUAGAAAUGUAAACUGUACACAUGACUUUGAAAGUGUAAAGUUUGAGCAACGUGACACUUCAUUUGGUUAUGUCACUAUUUAAAGAAUUGUAAUCUAUAUGGUUUUAAAUGUCUCUUAUUUUAGCUUUGUGAUUAACAUUAUACAUUUCAACAGAUGGGAAAAGGUUCCUUCAAGUAUGCCUGGGUUCUGGAUAAGCUGAAGGCUGAACGUGAGCGUGGUAUUACCAUUGACAUUUCCCUGUGGAAAUUCGAGACCAGCAAAUACUAUGUUACCAUCAUUGAUGCUCCUGGUCACAGAGAUUUCAUCAAAAACAUGAUCACUGGUACCUCUCAGGCAAGUUAGUUUCUUCUAAAAUAUACUUGGAUCACUGACUUGUGUAUUAGAAAAACAAUUACCCUUGCAUGCAUAUGUUUCUAUAUCUGUCUGACACGAAGAGUAACUUUAGUUCUCUUAUUUUUAAAGGCUGACUGUGCAGUCUUGAUUGUUGCUGCUGGUGUAGGAGAGUUUGAAGCUGGUAUCUCAAAGAAUGGACAAACCCGUGAGCAUGCUCUAUUGGCUUACACUCUUGGUGUAAAGCAGCUCAUUGUUGGUGUCAACAAAAUGGAUUCCACUGAGCCACCAUACAGCCAAAAGAGAUACGAGGAAAUUUGCAAGGAAGUCAGCACAUACAUCAAGAAGAUUGGUUACAACCCAGACACUGUUGCCUUUGUACCCAUUUCUGGCUGGAAUGGUGACAAUAUGCUUGAGCCCAGCUCCAAUGUAAGUUUUAUUUAACUUCAGUGCCUUUGGUACUGUGAUUAAAAUAGUUUUGCUUGUAUUGAGGCAAAUUAGUUUUCAUGCUUAAAGAAUUUUUUAUUUUUUUUUAAACUCCUUUUUGUGCUCACACUGUUCUCUCCAUAGAUGCCUUGGUUCAAGGGAUGGAAGAUUUCCAGGAAGGAAGGAAAUAGCAGUGGAACUACUCUGCUUGAAGCUCUUGAUAGCAUUUUGCCACCAAGCCGUCCCACAGACAAACCCCUCCGUCUGCCACUUCAGGAUGUGUACAAGAUAGGUGGUAAGUUGUGUAACCCAUCAAAGUAAUGUCAACUUCAAAAUGAUAUCUCAAAACAAUGUCAAGCACAGAAGCCCAAUGACAUAUUAAAAUGCUUGGUGUUAAACUUCUUUGGCAUAUUAAAUGUUGUAUUGGACCACACCUUCUGAAUCUGCAUUUAAAAAUAAAAUCAUUGGGGGAUUAUAAGCAGAAAUAUAUUCUGCCACUAUAGUAUUUGCCAUAACAUUCCUCAUUGAGCAUUCAUAAACUGUGAUCUGUUUCAGGUAUUGGCACAGUACCUGUUGGUCGUGUGGAAACUGGAGUUCUUAAACCAGGCAUGGUGGUUACUUUUGCCCCAGUCAAUGUAACAACUGAAGUGAAGUCUGUGGAAAUGCAUCAUGAGGCUCUGACUGAGGCUUUUCCCGGUGACAACGUUGGUUUCAACGUAAAGAACGUCUCCGUCAAGGACAUCCGUCGUGGCAAUGUUGCUGGUGACAGCAAAAAUGACCCUCCUCUUGAAGCUGGUGCAUUUACUGCACAGGUACGACUGAGCUGUCCCUGCAUGUUGGUAUUAAGCUAAUUUCAAUGGAGAUGGCAGCAGUUAAAGGCACUGCAUGUUCUUUGAAACAGUAUAUAAAUGGAGUUUAACAUUUUCUGUACUGCGAGGGGCACUAUAGAAUAGGAAUACAACUUUGUAUUUCUAGCAUAUAGUUUCCCUUAACUUUGAAUAUUGUAAUUAAAGCUGUUUUUCUUUGUAGGUAAUCAUCCUUAACCACCCAGGUCAAAUUGGUGCUGGAUAUGCCCCUGUGUUGGAUUGUCACACAGCCCACAUUGCCUGCAAGUUCGCUGAGUUGAAGGAAAAGAUUGAUCGUCGUUCUGGUAAGAAACUGGAAGACUUACCCAAGUUCCUCAAGUCUGGUGAUGCAGCCAUCGUUGAAAUGGUUCCAGGCAAACCCAUGUGCGUUGAGAGCUUCUCUGACUAUCCUCCACUUGGUAAGUUAACCUACCUAAAGUUUAAUACUGUAAAAGUGUCAAAGGUUUUUAUAUAUAUAUAUAUAUCCAGUAUUCUGUUGCAACUAUUGCAAUAUUGCUAGAAAAUUACUUUAGUGCUGUGGUUUUCAAUAUAUUUUCUAUAAAAAAAAAAAUUUUUCCUCCAAAGGUCGUUUUGCUGUGCGUGACAUGAGACAGACUGUUGCUGUUGGUGUCAUCAAGGCCGUUGAGAAGAAAGCAGCUGGAUCUGGCAAAGUCACAAAAUCAGCCCAGAAAGCACAGAAAACCAAAUGAAUCUUGCACAAAUCACAAACCACCUCAGUCUUAACCAGUGGUGGAAGAUUGGUCUCUGAACUGUUUGUACCAAUUGGCCAUUUAAGUUUAAUAGUAAAAGACUGGUUAAUGAUAACAAUGCAUCGUAAAAGCUUCAGAAGGAAAGGAAUGUUUGUGGACCAUUUUGUUUGUGGCAGUUUUUAAGUUAUUAGUGUUUUAAAUCAGUAACUUUUAAAUGGAAACAACUUGACCAAAAUCUGUCACCAAAUUUGAGACCAUUAAACAAAGUUAAUGAGAACAUUGUUGUACUGUGUGUAUAAUGUAACUCAUCCUGUUGAUCUACAGAGGUUCUUAAUCUUUGCCAUGUGGUCUCUACAGUCCAACUCUUAAGUGGUUAAUAGUGAAAUACAAACCUUAAAGUCAGUUGCCAUUAAAGGAAAAUGCGAUUUUUGGCAAACACAUUUCUGACAAAAAACAAUUUAGGGGCCCCUGUUUAUAAGUAAAAGAUUUACUCUCCCUAUUCAUUGUUGCAGCAGUCACUCCUCCAUCCCUGCACCAUGUUAUAGGGACACUAUAAGCACCCAGACCACUUAAAAGUGGUCUGAGUGAAAUGUCCCUGUCCCACUUGGUACUGCAAUGUAAAAUAUUGUAGUACUGGAGAGACUGCUUGCUGUGGCUGUUUACAAGACCGUCAGAGGUGUUUCCAGGAUUUUAACACUUUUUGCUCACCUGACACUGGAUGUCCUUGCACUCUGCAGUAGGACACCUGUGAUGGUAAACUCCAUAGCAAAGCACUGAUUCAAUUUUUUCCUAUAAGAAGUGCUGACGAAGGGACAACUGCGCUGGAAUUGGGUGAGCAAAAGAUUUUUAACCCCUUAAGGACACAUGACAUUCCCUUUUAUUCCUUAAGUUUUGGGUUAAUGUUGGAAGCAGAGGUCUCUACUGCUGGCAAUACAGACUUGUAUAACACUAUAGAUUCCAUUUAAUUUAUCUCCUCCAUUAUAUUGCAACUCCUGCAAACAUUACAGGACUAUAUAGAAGCACCACUUGUGACUGACUGCCAGCCCCUAGUUGUAUUCUUACUGCUCCACCUAAAAUAACUUUUUUGCAGAAAUGCCAGUUUGUACAAUUUAAGGCUUGCAGGGACAGGAUGUGCACCAAAAUAACUAAAUUAUGGUACUUGGUGUACUUUAAACUUUUUUUAUAUAUUCGAAGUCUUUUAACUAUAUUCGCCACUGAUUAUCUAUAGUCCUAGAAGAUGCAGUAUUUGUUAUGGGGUACCAUGCAACUUAAGUGCAUUUCAGUCAUGGUCUCAAAUCUAUUUGUGUUUUUUUUUUUUUUUUUUCUCUCCCCCCACUCAAAUACUUCAGUUUUAUUUCUGCAGCAAAACACUAUCCCUUUCAUAAAAUAUCUUUGUUGGAAAGUAAACUGUAGUUCAGCCAAUGGGGGAGAUCAAGGUGUUAAGCUGCUAACUUGACUCUGCCCUAGAGCCAAUAACUGUAAUUUGAUUGGCAUUUCAAAAAUUCUGCUGACAUGAAAAAGGGGCAAAUAAGAGGACUGUGAUUGGGUGUGGGGUCACAUUGGCAAGUCGGGUCACUCUAUUUUUUUGUAAAUAGAUCAUGGCAAGGUUACUGUGGAAAUGUUAAAGGUUUUAUAGCAAAACCAGAUUUGAAUGGGAGAAAAUUGUUUCAAUACUUGUAUGUAUUUUCUUUUACUGCCCAUCUACAUGGCAGCAUCAUUUGUAUUAGCUCCUUGCCAGCUCUCAGGACAGAAUCCUUAAACUGUUAAGACUAGUCAAUAUAAGCCCCUCCCCCUAAACUCCUCAGCCUUGUUAAGAAGCAGUAGCUGAAGAAAUCUGACAGAAUUGAGUGAUGCUGCAAUGUAGAAUAGCCAUGGAAAGAAAACUAUGGUAAGUAUGGAGACUUUCUACUUUCCUGGCCAAACAUCGCAGCAUCACUUAUGGGUAUUACCCAAGCUCACAUGAAGGGUGGGAUAAAUAAAUUAGACCGUAGACCUCAUUAAUGCUCAACAAAGUUUUAGGUUCCAAGUGCCACUGAAGCGAGAAAUCUCUAAUGCAAACGAGAUUAGAGGAUGACAAAUUCAGUUUGUAGUGUCUAUCAAAUGUAUGAUGAGAGGACCAAGUAGCCGUUUUUGGAAAUGGCCUCUACCCGUAACUUAUCUAGAAGCCCAUGGAGAUGCUUGGAGACCCUGGGAAGCCUAAGCUUUAGUAAUUGGCAAUCUUCUAAGUGUUAUGGAUGCUGCUUUGCCUCUCCUGGUUCCUAAUGGAAGGAUGAAUAGUUAGAUUUUCUGAAAUGUAUAGACAUCUGUAGUUUGUUCUGAGGCACCUUACUACAUCUAAUUUACUCCAGUGAGUUUCUUCUUCAGAUGGAUUGGGGGUGAGGGGGAGAUGUAAACACUCUCCUGUUGAAUGUGCAACCUAGAAACCACUUUUGGGAGAAAUCCAGGCCUGGGAAUAAGAACCACUCGAUCCUGGUAAGACAGUGUAUUGUACCACUGAACUUCAUGCCUUUUAGCUCAGACACUCUCCUGGCUGAUGUUAUGGCGAUAAGGAAGAGUGCUUUAAUAGUCAGCAAAUAUAUGCACAAUUCCAAAGGCUGAAACUGGUCGCCUAUUCCAAACCAAAGGUAAGUCGAUGGCUUCCCACACUCCUUAGGAAGAGAAGACUAGUUUUGUCUUGUGGCAUCUUUCCAUAGUGUGUGUGCUCAAACCAGUUAGUGCUGCCAAAACAGCCUGCUUACUGGUUACUCCAAGGGGGAGAGAGUCUUAAAUCCCCCUGAUAGAACCAUGUUAAACAUGCUAAUGAUCCCAGAAAAGAAAAUUAUUUCAUGUGGGAUCCACAAAAAAAAUCUUGCUUGUCAGCUGGGACAGGAAAUACAGACUGGGCAGUUCUAGGGAUCUUAUAUUGACUAUUCUUAACUGUUUUAUUAAUUAUACCUGUCUGUACAGCUGGGGAUGAGCUGACUUAUAAGUGAUGCUACCAUGUUUGGCCAGAAUAAUAUAUGGCGUGAGAAAAAAAAAAAAAGAAAUCAAAUGUUAAAACGUUUGGUUUAAGUGUCCCUAUAAAGCAAAGUUUUAUAUUUGUUAAGAUAUUUACUCGAAAUCGAAAAAAAUGCUUCAAAAGUGGAGAUGACACUACUGAUAAAAUAAAAACAAAUUGCUCCUUCAGGAUAUUGGGAUUGGACACAAAUGGAAAUAAAGACAGUAAAUUAUAAAUACAA